UGUAAACCAUGUAAAAAACCCGCAACAACUGUCAAACCGCUUUGUUCUUCUUUUUUUGUGACGUCACCGUGCAAUGAUCAAUGGACCGUGGACAUUACACAUAGCCCCAACCCAAGCUGUCUACGUGGUAUGUGAAUGACCCCUCACUGGUUUAUUAUUGUUUUUUCUUUGAUGAAUUUAGGUUGAAUGAUCCUCAACACCAGGGAUAUUUAGAGGAUUUAUUCAAAACUUCGAAUGUGGUUUAAGUUUAAAGAGACCAACAAAAUAUUCAAAAGAAUGAAAUUUAUUGAUAUCGGUGCUAACCUUACCGACACGAUGUUUCAAGGUAUCUAUAAUGGUUCCUCUAAGCAUCAGCCUGAUCUGGGUAAUGUUCUGGAGCGGAGUUGGGCAGCUGGAUUACAAAAAAUUAUUGUCACUUGUGGCAGUGUUUCUGACUAUGAGCCGGCUUUGCAAAUCGUUAAUCAAGAUGAGCGACUUUUCAUGACGGUUGGCUGUCACCCGACUAGAUGCGGUGAGUUUGAACCGAAUCCAGAGGGUUACUUUCUUUCGCUAUGUAGGCAGAUUGAGGACAACUGUUCUAAAGUCGUUGCUAUCGGUGAAUGCGGUUUGGACUACGAUCGGUUGAACUUUUGUGCAAAAGAUCUACAGAAAAAAUAUUUCGAAAAGCAAUUGAAUCUAGCCUGCAAAUAUGAGCUACCUCUUUUCCUUCAUUGCCGAAACGCACAUGAAGAUUUUCUAGAAAUUUUAAGCCGAAAUCUAGACAAGGUUCCCAAACGAGGUGUCGUGCAUACCUUUGAUGGUUCAGCGGAAGACGCACGAAAGUUGAUAGAGAUGGGUUUCUGCAUCGGUAUAAAUGGUUGCUCGCUGAAAACGGAAGACAAUCUGCAUACGAUAGCUCAGAUUCCGGACAGCUACAUUAUGCUCGAGACUGACGCUCCGUGGUGCGAAAUUCGUCCUUCGCAUGCAGGAUCGAAGUUUAUAAAGACAAAGUUUCCAUCGGUAAAAAAGAAAGAAAAGUGGGAGCAAAAUUUGCUGAUAGCCGGACGCUGCGAGCCUGUGAUGAUUGUACAAGUGCUUGAGGUACUCUCAGGUGUAAAAAAACAACCGAUUGAAAGCCUUGCCGAACUCUAUUACAAUAAUACAAAAAGGGUUUUCUUUCCAAGGGAAAAAUAAAGAUGCAAUAAUAAAAAAGUAUUAUUUCAGGCACAAAAAACAAUCGAAAGCAUAAAGUUGAAAAA